AUGAGAGUUGACAUCGAUAUCGUACUAAGCGAUACCCCACAGAACCUGACCCUCGACUUCAGAGAUCUAUCUACAUCAAUGUAUCUCACGGAUUCUUACGUCAACAAAAGUCUCGAGAUAAACGAGACGAUCAACGACUUGGUGUACUCGAAUCAGUUCGAGGAUGACCCGAUAAUCGUCUUCUUAGUCAUCUUGAAAUGUAUCAUCAUGCUCUUCAUAAUCUUGGCAGCAAUUUUUGGCAAUUUGCUAGUAAUCGUGUCGGUCAUGAGGCACAGGAAGUUGAGAGUGAUUACCAACUAUUUUGUCGUAUCCCUCGCGUUAGCGGAUAUGCUAGUCGCGAUAUGGGCUAUGUGCUUUAACUUUAGCGUAGAAAUUACGAAUGGUCAGUGGCUCUUUGGAUACUUCAUGUGCGAUGUCUGGAAUUCCUUGGACGUGUACUUUUCAUCAGCGUCAAUACUCCACUUGUGUUGCAUAAGCGUUGACAGAUAUUAUGCUAUUGUACAACCUUUGGACUACCCAUUGAUCAUGACGACCAGCAAGCUAGGAAUUAUGUUGGCAGUAGUAUGGUGCAGCCCAGCAUUAGUUUCUUUCUUGCCUAUAUUCAUGGGAUGGUACACAACGUUGGAACAUCUGGAGUUUCGGAAAAGACAUCCUAAGGUGUGCAGUUUUACUGUGAACAGAGUGUACGCAGUGAUAUCAAGCAGUGUUAGUUUUUGGAUUCCGGGUGUGAUAAUGCUGUACAUGUAUUACCGGAUAUAUGUGGAGGCGGACCGCCAGGAACGAAUGUUGUACAGGAGCAAAGUAGCUGCACUACUCUUGGACAAGCACCUUCAAAUUAACGGUAUAUCAGUUGGGGACGUGAUGAGAGAACGGCAGAGCAUCCAGAUGCAGCCGAUGGCGAGCAACAAGAUGAAGAGGGAAAGGAAGGCAGCUCGAACCCUUGGGAUUAUCAUGAGCGCGUUCCUUGCUUGUUGGCUACCGUUUUUCUUAUGGUACAUAAUAACAGCUCUCUGUGGGAAUUCGUGUCCGUCACCCCCACCAGUGGUAGCAGCGGUCUUCUGGGUGGGGUAUUUCAACUCAGCCUUGAACCCUCUAAUAUACGCCUACUUCAAUAGAGACUUCAGGGCAGCGUUUAGGAAGACUUUGGACUCGUGCUGCAGGUCGCUCUGUGGGAGCUUCGGUCGCCGCUAUUGCCAGCAACUUCACCGUCGAGAGCACCACUCCAAUGCGUCAUCAGACAUCCACAUGAAUAAUUGCAUCAAAUCUACAUCAGCUGACGUACUUCGAGCGCUGCCCUCCUGCUCAAAGCCUGAGGGUAUUAAUAUGGCCAUUUAA